AUGGCGCCUUGGAUCGACCUGCCGUAUGAGAUUAGAGACGUCACCCCUGAAGAAGACAAGAUAAUCAAGAAAUGUCUUAUUGGAUAUACGAAGCCAUUCGUCAAAUGCGGAAAAAAUGGAUAUGUUAUGCCCGCUGCGUUCAGAAAAUACGCUGAAACAAUUUACAAUUUGGAGGUACGCCCUGAUGACAUUUGGGUGAUAACGUUCCCAAGAUCAGGAACGACUUGGACACAGGAAAUGGUAUGGUUGAUAGAAAACGACUUAGAUUUCAAAGCCGCCAAAGAAAAGCCGCUGUAUGCAAGAUUCCCGAUGUUGGAGACUACAGUGCAAAUACCUAGAGUGGCUUUCGAAUUAAUAAAAGCGAAUUUUAUGAAUUUAGCUUACUUCCAAGGCUUGAGUAAUGCAGUAAGGAAUCCUAGUUGGAAGACUAUAGCAGAAACACCAUCACCACGAUUUAUCAAGACACACUUGCCGCUUUCUCUUCUACCACCAAAACUACUGAGCACAGCUAAAGUAAUAUAUGUGGCGAGAGACCCUAGAGAUGUGGCCGUGUCCUAUUAUUAUCUACAUAAGAUGAUCCUAAAAUCCUUAAUGAGGGCAAAUUUUUGUCACUUUUGGGAAGCAUUUAGAAGAGACCUAUUACCAUGGACACCAAUUGUAGCACAUACGAAUGAAGCUUGGGAAAAUAGGCAUAACCCGAAUCUCCAUUUUAUGUUUUAUGAAGAUAUGAUUAAGGACCUUCCAAAAGAAAUUCGUGCGGUAUGCAAGUUCCUGGAUAGAAAGUACUCCGCUGAUAAAAUUGAACAGCUAGCUGACUACCUGAGUUUCAACAGUCUUCGAAAGAAUAAAAAUGUAAAUAACACCACCGGUAAAAAUGGCGAUGUACAGUUUCUUAGAAAAGGCGAGGCAGGUGGUUGGAAAACACAUUUUGAUGACAAAAUGAAACUGCAGGCCGAAGAAUUUCUGUCUAUACGUCUUCGAGGCCUCGAUCUCUCUUAUCCUUCAUUUCCUCUCUAUGAAACUGAGUGUUCGCACUUAUAA